UCUUUUAGACGCAGAAGGCGGAGGUAAAUGAAUGAGGAUCCAAGAGUCAGGCAAACGGACACCUGUAGGAUAUCAGCUUGCUGUCUGUGUAGCUGCAGGACAAACGGGAGGGCAAAGAGAUCACUGCAGCAGGCUCAUUGCCACCAAUACCAGCAACCGCUACUGCUCCCGGUGGCAACACCGCCCACCCGCUCCCGCUCUCUGUCAUUAGGGAGGGCAGAAAGAGUUUCGCGGAGAGGAGAUGAACUGAGAGGAGCACGGAGAGUAGCUCGCCCAUCUGAAGACAAACUGAAGAUGCGGACGCGAGAGGAGGAGGAGGAGGAGGAGGAGGCUUCUCUGCUUCUGUUGCGCCCUUCAUACUAGGGUCGAGCCAAGGAGCGCUCCUUCAGCACCACCAAGGGAGGACAGUUCCUCGUGGGCGUUCUUGAGCCAGCUUCGAUGUUGCGCGGGAAGGAUCAAGUGGCGAAAGCAACCGAGGUGGUGGCCAUUUUUUCCUCUGAAAUAGCCAAAAGGGCCAGGGACGGGCCCCCAACCAACCCCCCUUUGCGAUUAGGAGCUGUGUCUUCCAAGGCAGAUGCGGUUUGUCUAUCGGAGCAAAAGAUACUUUUGUCCACCGAAAGUCACUUGAGACUCCCUUGCAAGGCAAUUUCACCUAGUUUUAGCAGUGCCUGGCGGGAAGUGUUUCUUCGCAGCAUAAAGUGACCAAACUAGAAGCAACAGUCGUCAGCCUAAAACAAUAAUAAUAAUAACGACAAUACUUAAAUGAACGGAGCAAGAAGAAAGGGGCUCGACAGAUUUCUGCUUUCUUUUGCUUAGCUCACUUUAGGGGCUCUGCAAGAAGCCUUGGAGUCGCCUGGCAGAAUCCCAGUCCGCAACGCAGAGGCUCGAGAAAAGUGCAGGUACCUUUUCAAGGGGUCAGCAUGGAUGAGCACAAACUGAGAUGAGAACUGAGGGGUUACACCAAUGGUUUCAUGAAGAAGCAUAAGAUUUCAUGAGCCGCGUGACAGCCCACACUCAACAUGGAAGCACACUACCAGCUACUGAACGGCUCCUGCUCAAAUAGCUCGGCUCCUGUUUUCACAGGCCUGGCCCUCCUCUUUGAACUGAAACCCCUCUUCAUUCCUCUCUAUACCAUCCUGGUGAUUGUGGCCUGCACAGGGAAUUUCCUCCUCAUCCUCCUUAUUGUUUUCACCAAAAGGUUGCACAGCACCACAAAUUUCCUUAUUGGGAACUUGGCAGCAGCUGAUCUGAUCAUGUGUCUUUUCUGUGUCCCGCUGACUGCCUCGUAUGCGUUCGAGAUUCGUGGGUGGCUCUUUGGGAUCUUCAUGUGUCACUUUGUCACCCUCAUGCAGGUGGCCACUGUCUUUGUGUCUGUCCUGUCUCUCACAGCUAUAGCUGUGGAUCGAUAUAUUGUUGUGGCUUACCCCAUUCACAAAAGGGUAAGGUGCAAGUCCUGCGUCUAUAUUGUGGCUGUCAUCUGGCUACUGUCCAUUGUGGUUUCUGUGCCUACAUCCAUGCACACCCAUUACCUGGAUCUCAACAGCGUCGGCCAAAACAUGAUCAUCUGUGAAGAAUUCUGGAAACACAAAGAGGCAGAGAGACGGCUGUACUCCUGCCUGAUGCUCCUCUUGUCAUAUAUGCUCCCACUUUCUGCUGUGUUCGUCUCCUACUGUGCCAUUUCUUAUCGCCUCCAGAAAAGAAAGGUCCCGGGAGCCGCAUGCCACAAUCAAGAGAAAUUGGCUAAAAAACGACAGAAGACUUUCCGGAUCCUCGUUAUCUCAGUCAUGUGUUUUGCUUUUUGCUGGCUGCCUCUUCAGGUAGUCAAUCUGAUCAGAGAUCUAGACAAGGAGUUUGCUAUUCUAGACAAGAGAUAUGUGAAUGUCAUUCAAGUGUCCUGCCAUGUGGUUGCAAUGAGCUCUGCGUGCUUCAAUCCAUUUAUUUAUGCCUCCCUCCAUGAUAAGUUCCGACUCCACAUUAGGGAGUAUUUUUAUCACAGGAAGAGGUCAAACAUCAUGUCACGCAAGGCCUCCCGGCUGAAUACCUGCUCCACCUUGGCAGAUAUCCCUGUAAGCAUCACAGAGACAAUAGCACUGCAAGGGAAGUUGGCUUUUAAUGCAAAAGCAACAGCCCUAUAGAUAUUCAAUUAAAGGAAAAAAACUUUUGGUUUACAGAUAUAGUUAUGGGUAUGGCAGCUCCAAAUGAGCUCCAAAGCAAGUAAAUUUGAUGACUUGUGAUGUUCUGUCUGAGAUAUUUGUAAACCUUUAGUUUACAGCAGGGAUUCUCAAACUUGGGUCCUCAGGUGUUAUUGGA